GGUCCCAGGUCGGCCGUGGCAAUGUGUGCGUGUGCUCGCGACGGUCGACGGCACACUACUGCGCCGCACGACAUCGAUUCGCGGCUCAAGCGAUCGCCUCAUUCAGUCACCAGUGCGCAGCACGACGGGAAACAAGUGUUUCAAGUUAUACACGUUUUUUAUUUUUAAGUUUUUUUAUGCAACCCUGAGAGGAAGAAAACUAGUUUUAAAACGGACACGACUCCUAUAUAACUUAACUAACUAUUGAAAUAGCUACGGGAGCUCCGCGCUCGAUCUAGCUAGGUUUGUGUGUUGAGUAAUAUUCAGUGUUAGUUGCAGUGCUUGUGCUUUUGAUAGAAACGGACGAUUUCGUUGUGAACGUGUUCCAAUUUGGGAAUUCACCACGAGCGGGCUCAAAGAGAUUUACAGUCAAGUGGACAGCGGCGGCGGUGGCUCGGCCGAAGUGAUGGUGUACUCUCUCGGCUGGGGCAUGGGCGAGCCGGAGCGGCGUGCCGUGGACCGCAAGCGCGCCCAGCCGCCCUCCGCCACGCACGCGCUUUCUCUAGACGAAGGUCAUGAGGUUGAUGUCUUACCCUUACACAAUCAGGUGGGCGGUCACACACGGCUGUUGGUGCUCAACGACAGCACGGUAAUCAAGCCCCUCAACAUCCGCGAGCUGCAUUUCUACCAGAACAUUCCCGAAGACAUACAGAACUUCGUUCCUCGGUACAAAGGAGUGAUGCAGGCUUCUAACACUGGUGAACAGAAAUUGGACAAACGCUACUCGCCAUGUUUCCGCGACGAGAACGGGCGCAAGCAGUCCCUGGGCGGCAAGCGCAAGCGAGACGACGUAUUCAAAUUUAAAGUUCAUCGGAAUGGCAAUGCUAGUGAAGUGCUAAAGAGCAUUGCCCACAUGGACAAUUCUAACAAACAAUAUUUCCUGAUGAUGGAGAACAUAACAUCGUCGUACCGUCGCCCGUGCGUGUUGGACCUGAAGAUGGGUACGCGGCAGCAUGGCGACGACGCCUCUGCGGAGAAGCGCACCAAGCAGAUCGCAAAAUGCGCCGCCAGCACCUCCGCCACUCUUGGUGUACGUCUCUGCGGCAUGCAGGUGUGGAUGUCAGGUACGGGGGCGUGCGUACGGCGCGACAAGUACUGGGGACGCGCUUUGACGGAGGCGGGGCUUCGCGACGCGCUGCGCGACUUCUUCGCUGCGGGCGGCGGACUGCGCGCGCGCGUCGUGCGCAGAGUUCUGCGCGACCUCGACGCACUACGCCGCGCCGUCGCCAAGCAGACUAGCUACAGAUUCUACUCGUGCUCCCUAUUAAUAGUAUACGAGGGUGACGUGGCGAACGUGUCGGCGGACGAGAGCGGCGCCUCCGAGUUCGACCCGGACGCGUCGAGCAGCUCCGCCGAGCUGGCGCCGUCGCCCGCGCCCUCGCCCUCACCGGCGCCAUCUCCCGGACACUUCGACAUGUCCACACUCACCGACGAGAUGCCCUCGUCCAGGGAGCCCUUCACGCACUCGGAGGAGACUAUGGGAGGGUACGAGGAGGGCGAGGUGUCGCACUCGCUGCGCCCGCACCCGCCCAGUCCCGACUCGGCGGACAGCUGGAUGGCGUACUCGAGCAACGAGUCGUGGCGCGGCGAGGAGCCCGAAGAGGAGACAAACAAGCGGCCGCGAACCCGCGACCCUUGGAGCGAGCCGCCGCCCAUCGAGCGAGUCGACAUUCGCAUGAUAGACUUCGCGCACACCGCGUACGCCGGCGCCGCGGCCGAGUCGCCGCUCGCCACCGCCUUCCCGCACCACGGCCCCGACUGCGGCUUCCUCACCGGCGUCGACAGCCUCAAGCGUCUCCUCACCGAGAUCCUGCUGCCCUACAGUUAGAGCCGGCCCCGCCCGCGCGACCACGGACACUUCGGAAGUGUAACUUCUUCCUUUGAAUGACGUCACACUUGCCUCAGCGCCCCGUCGACUUCGCAGAGGCAGAGUUUGAAGGGAUUGCAUCCUCCGUAUGCAACCAUUCUACAAGAAACGUAGAUGUUCGUCGGAUUCGGCGCGUUUCAAACCCUCAAAGUAUUUACUGUUUGCCUUAAACGGCGAAUGUUAUUGACUCGGAAUUAAAAAAAAAACUAUUUUCUUCAAAAAAAAACUUUUGGAACCGUUCGACUGAUAUAUGAAAUAAAAAUAGUGAAAUUAUAAAAUGACUAUGUGUUUACAUAAAAAGGACUCUCCAGGGUAAUUUCGCUGUGCACCACUCAUCCGUACCUCGUGCUUUCUAGAUAUAAUUGUGUUUAUUCUUUUUAUGUAAUAACAUGGUAGUUAUCGCACAUAGUGAAUGUUGGCGGUACAAUGUUAAUUGUUAAUUUUAUAAUAACUUUAUUAUAAUUUAACUCGGGACCCAGUAGGUAUUUUUAACACUAUGUAUUUUUAAGUAUUAUUUUAAGUUAUUCCAGAUUCACGCGUUAUUUAUAUUUGACUUGGUUUCAACCUGUCGAGUUUCUCCCUUAAGGGAGGUAUUAUACACUUGUAAAUUAUAACAAAAUAAGUAGACAUUCCUUGAUGCUGUUAUAGAUACUGUAGCGAAGUUAUGUAGUCGUGUCUCCUUCAACACCGGUCUACUCCACCUUUCCUACCACCUUUUGCAUUUAACUUGUUUGUAAUGUAAUCAUAAUCACUGUUUGUUGAUAUGUUUGUGUAAAAUUCUAACCCCACUUCAUUAUUUGUCAGCUCAGUCAAUGAAGCCAAAGUAAUAUUAGAAUAUAGAUUGGAUUUUCUAUAUGAACUUGUUUUAAAUAAUAUAGAUUAUUUGUGUGUCUAACUGUCUAGAUCAUUGUUUGUGAACAAAAUGUAAAUAGCUCUAUGUGUGUCUGUAUUAUGAAAAUGUUUAUAGUAUUGUUUAUUUGGUUAUUUUGGAUUCGUUUGUUUGGUUUUGUAAAAUCUGAUAUGUGCAGGUUGUCCGAAACAAGAUGGCGCUCACUGAUGAAUAUAAAAAUAUAUUUACAAAGUUA